AUGACGACCAAUGCUGUGCCGGACACACAACUAGGGCUUUCGGCGGAGGAGAUACAGCUCUUGCGGCAAGGUCAAGCGGCACUUGGAGGGGGCUCAACCAGCUCUCGCGCCGCCAGCAGAGCCAGCAGCCAAGGUCUACUGCUACUAGACAGCUCCUCUCUUGCUGCUCUGGGAAGGUAUUUUGAUCGCUUGAUGGCAAACAUCGAACAAAACAUACAAUACCUUAGCGAGCAAGCACAAAUGUUCACCCAAGUGCAGUAUGACCGUGCUGGAAACAUCAUUGAUGGUGCUGACGCGGAAAUUGCGAGAUAUCAGCAGAUUCUGGCGCAAGUUGACGAGCUAGAGACAGACUUUGACCGAAUAGCCCAUAUCAAAGAAAUCGUGAAGGGAUAUCGGUCCAGAGUGGAGGCGCUCGAACGAGACUUGGAAGCAAGCGGGACGUCUAGUCGGCACCACAAGCAUUCAUCUCACAAGCAUUCACACACGCACUCGCAUAGGCAAGGCUCGUCUUGCAAGAAGAGGCCCUAA